AUGUUUCACCGACGUCGUCCAGCUACCACAACCACUCGCACCACCAAGCCUACCCUGAUGACCAGACUCAAGGGCCGAAACGCGAAAUCGCGCACUGUCAAAACUACAACAACAACACACCAGAAUCCCGUCCACGGCCAUCGCACUGGACAUACCAGCCACAGUGCUCGUACUGGUCCCACUGGGGGUCGUCUUGGUCAUAGAAAUGCCUAUGGACGGCCUGCUCGUACCCACCACCAGCGCAAGCCCUCCAUUGGUGAUAAGGUCUCUGGCGCUAUGCUGAAGCUGAAGGGGAGUUUGACUCAUCGCCCUGCAGUCAAGGCUGCUGGAACCCGCCGCAUGCAUGGCACCGAUGGACGUGGCUCACACCGUGUCUACUGA